UUUGACGAAUAUUUUUCAAAAUUUUAAGUGAAUGCCAAAAUUAAAAGUAAAUCCUCAAAAAUGCAAUCUCUGCCGAAUUUCAAUUGUCGCAGUACCUGCAAACAUCGUGAAUGUCAGCGGCAUGCUCAUCUAGGCGUUGUCGAUCAAAAUAUCGACUGUGAAUGUGUGCGGGAUGAUUUGAAUGUUUCUUCGAUGUUUUUGGAAAACCUCUUGGAUCUGUCACACAGUCUGGCCCAAAUAAUGAUCCUGUGUGGCAUACACGAGUGUAAGGCCAAGACAUCUGUGGACAUUAUCACCUAUGCUUUCCUGCAUUACGAUUUAGUUUGCUAUUGCCUGGAUGCCAAGCCAACGAAACGUUUACGCAAGGAAGACAUCUUUCAUGAAUUGGGACGCAAAUGUCUCAUGAAUCGGGUGGAUGCCCAUUUGGCUUAUAGCAUAAUUAAGCGGGGCUUUAAGGCAUUCUAUUAUCGGCCACAUGAAGAGGAGGGUUGUAGGGAAGCGAACGAUAAACCCUCAUUCUCCGAAGAAUGUCUCUAUGUCCAUGCAGCUAAGAAAACUGCCGAAGCCUAUGCCCAAUUCGAUGGCCUGAGCUGUGAUGAACAACGUGGCGUGGAGGCAAAAAUUAAGGUGAUCUAUAAGAAAUUCUACGAUCGCAUGCAGUCACGAAAGUCGAAACCUGUAAGUGGGGAGUGCAAUUGUUGUUUCUGUACCAAGAAUCGUGGUCAUUUGAUUUAUACCAAACCCCCACCGUGCUCAGUACAGCAGCAGCAACAGGAGGCGCCCAAGCGCCCCCACACCUGCCCACAUUGUUGCAAACGUAAAUCGGUAAGGAAAUUUAUUCAUGGCAAAACGGUACAGGCGAAGUGUCCAGUAUGCCAUCGUUCUCGCAAAUUCUGCUCGUGUGCCAAAUACGAUUAUCAAAUUGAAUGGGUCCACAGUAUAUGGGAGAGACCCGAUAUGAAUCUGUACUAUGAGGAGACCAUUGCCAAGGCACCCCAAGAGCCGCUGGCCGGAUGUCAUCCUCAGGGUUCGGGUGAUCUUGGAGAAGAUGUUGAUGAUGCAGCCGGGGAAGCUGUUUUAUACUUUGGAUGCAAAUGA